UGCCGUGGGAAGGUGUUUUCUAAAACUGUGCGAAAUGGUACACGGAGACAAAUGGAAGGACGUAACCAAGAACGAUCCCCCCUAUAUGAACACGUUCAUGAAGGUCAUAAAACAUGGGAUGACAACGAAGAGCUACUACAAGCAUGUUGGUGGUGGGAAGAAGUCCUACGGAAAAACAAUGGCAUUGACCUUGUGUAAAGAGGCCAACCUUUCAAUCAAUAAACCAUUAACGAUCAGAGACAUCGACGCUCUAGAAGAGUUGCUUGAGGUCAAUAUUUUGGUUUUGUCUGCCAAACUUGGUAACAAGUUCUGUCGAGUCGCAAAUAACCCAGACCGUAAAAAUAUUUACCUGUACCUUACCGAAAAUUCCACCAAAGAUGGAGGAUGGCAUUUCGACGGAAUAGGUAGCAUUAAUGGAUUUUUUGGAUUCGGGUACUUCUGUGCUUCUUGUUUAAUACCUUACAAAAACAAAGGGAGACACUCUUGCAUAAAUACGUGCGACGUAUGUGGUAGUCAAAAUUGCAAGUCAAGUGCAGACCAAAAGCAGAGCGUUUAUUGCAAUCGAACAUGUCGCAAUCAAGAUUGUUACAUUAGCCAUCGCGAGAGGAAAGACACCAGAGGAAGGGACACAGAGAAGUCCAUGUGCGAGAGAUUUUAUCAGUGUAGAACCUGCAAAAAAGUCCUCUGCAGACAAAAAAGAAGUCCGGAGGAUCACAAGUGCGGUGAAUGGAAAUGCAAAAAUUGUUUCGAAUACCAAUUCGGAAACCAUUUGUGUUUUCAACGCCGGCAAAAAAAUAGAGAGUCGACCACAGACGAACCUAGAAAAUAUUUUUUUUUCGAUUUUGAAACUACGCAAAACGAAUUGAUGGUUUGCACAGAUGGCUACGCACCAAGAGUACCUUGUGGAAGACAAUUUCCUAUGAGAAAUGAAAUAUGUGCACGUUCUGAGGCGGGUGAACCCAAAGCAUCGUGUUCGGAUGGAUAUGUACCAAGAGGCGGUGAAGUGAAAUGUAAUCUGGAGACAAGUGUUGAUGGCACAUAA